GACUUUGAGUUUGUGGAUGAGACCGUGAAGCGGACUGUACGAGAAGCUACAUUACAGGAUGACGAGGACUUCCUCCACGACGACCCUGGGUCAGGCCAGGAGGAGGGGAGUGGCACAACCACACCGUCGCCCCCAAUUGGAAUAUAUCCUGUGUAUUUCCGAGUGAGUUUGAACUUCUCGGAUCUUUCGUUCAGUGAUGAACUUAAGAACCGAUACAGUCCUGAGUUCCAGUCAAGAGCUCAGCAAAUUGCGGAGGCCAUCGAAGCUCUGUUCCGCAACACACCAGGCCAGCAGCUUGUUACUGUUCUGGGAUUUAGCAAAGGAUCUCUUAUGGUUUCAUUUGAUCUCGGAUCUCAGGGAUUUGAUAAUCCAGAUGCCUUGAGGCAAAUUAUUGAAGAUGCCAUCAAAAGUGGUUAUAUCGGACCGUACAGGGUCAGCCCUGAAGGAUUUGAUUUUAGACAAUUUGAAGAGCCAGUAUCCUGUCCAAGCUUUGUCGGACGUGAACCGGAAUCACUGCCUAGGAACGGAACCAACUGGGCCAACCUCCUCGUCAACAACAUCUUCCCCUGCAGUGGAAACGUCGUCGGCUGGGAAUAUUACCGCCUCAUCUCAACUGGCGUCGCUUACGUCGGUGUAUGGAAACAAGUCACAGAUACGGAAUUUACCCUGGUGGGGAAGACAGAACUUCCUCCUGGCCCAACUGGAAUUAGAAUUGUGCAGCUUCAAACCCCGAUCAAUGUACAACGUGGAGAUUUUAUCGGCAUUUUCUACCCCAGAGGAACACCCAAUAACGUGAUAGCUAGUGCCACACUGGAGGAUGAUAUUAUAUCAUUGAAUGAGAUGUUCCAAGAUUACUAUGUGGAGCUGUACGAUGACAUGAUCCAGGAAGGAAUACCUUUCAAUAUUGAGAGUGUGCCGUACUCCAAGACUGAUGCCACCUUUGCCAUCCGUGCCAUAAUGGAUUAUGCUGGCGUGUCCCCAACAGACACAGCCCUUGGAACCUGUGCUGCAGACCAGUUCACCUGUAACGAUGGAGAGUGUGUCAUUGGUUCAUACAGGUGUGACGGUCAGAUCGACUGCCCUGAUGGAUCGGAUGAAAUCAGCUGUCCCACAGAAUGUGCUGACGACCAGUUUAAGUGCAAAUCCGGAGAGUGCAUACUUAUCUACCAAUACUGUGAUGGUCAGAUCGACUGUCCGGAUGGCAGUGACGAGGAAUGUGGCAUUUCAGGAGGCUGUUCACCUGAGGAGUUCCGCUGUAUUGAUGGGUCAUGUAUAAGCAUCCUGCAGAGGUGUGACAGUCGUGGAGACUGCCCCGAUGGUGAUGACGAGUUUGGCUGUCCCUCCGUCCCCUGCCCACGGGGACAGUUUAGAUGCGAAGGGGGGAGGUGUAUAGAUGAUCGUCUUCGUUGUGAUGGCAGAGCUGACUGUCCCGACAGAACAGACGAAAUCGACUGUCCCACCAGGAACUGCACCUCAGCCGAGUUCCGCUGUAAUGAUGGGACAUGCAUUGAUAGAUCCCAGGUUUGCAAUGGUUACCCUGACUGUGAUGACAGUUCAGAUGAAGACGCCAAUAGAUGUGUUCCCAUCCUGCCCGAGCUGUGUCCGGAGGGCCAAUUCCGCUGUGGUGAUGGUCAAUGCAUUGACAGCAGGUAUGAGUGCAAUGGAGCUCAGGACUGCCGCGAUGGAUCUGAUGAAUUGAACUGUAGUGCCCGCUGUUCCCCAGGAGAGUUCCAGUGUGCGGACUCCUCCUGUAUUGAUGAGCGGUUCCGCUGUGAUGGUGUGCCAGACUGCUCAGACAGUUCUGAUGAGGCUGCUUGUCCGACUUCUCGAUCAGCUAUUGUUAUCAGUGGGACUAAAAGUGUAAAGCCCAACGAACAGAUCAAACUUACGUGUAACGCUUCCAGCACUCGGCGGGAUCCCGUCACUGGUCUGGAAUGGUAUAAAAAUGGCCGAAAACUGGAGGAAGAUCGCAGGAAUGUGAUUUUGAGGAAUUAUGGGAGAGACAGAUACUAUGUUAGUGAACUAUAUGUGCGUAGAACGCGUGUUGAAGAUGGUGGACGUUACACUUGUCGUACUGAGCGAAAUCAGGAGAGUAUUGACGUGAGGAUUGAAGCUAAACGUGAAUGCUCUGCAUCGGAGUUCCGCUGUAGCAAAGGCCAGUGUCUGGACGCUGCUGCUCGCUGCAACGGUGUCCCAGAAUGCAUUGAUGGCUCUGAUGAAGAGAACUGCCCGUGCCGUGAAGACCAGUUUGAAUGCAGAAAUGGCCAGUGCAUCUCUGCCGAGGGACGUUGUAACAGAAACUAUGACUGUGCUGAUGGCAGUGACGAACAGAGUUGUCCUGUAGCCUGCGGUGCUGAUGAGUUCGCCUGUGGAGAUGGCCGAUGCAUCCCGUCUUCACGACGUUGUGACCGCCGAGCUGACUGUGCUGACGGCAGUGAUGAACUCCAAUGUGAAUGCAGUGUAAACGAGUUCCGUUGCAAUGAUGGACGCUGCAUUCCAAGCAGCAGACGAUGCGACAGAGUUCCUGACUGCCGCGACCGCAGUGAUGAGAGCAACUGUGUGGUCACAUGUUCAGCCAAUCAGUUUACCUGUCUGGAUGGUUCAUGUAUUGAUGCUGCACGUAAAUGUGAUCGCACGCCUGACUGUGCUGAUGGCUCCGAUGAAAUCUCUUGUGCGUGUAGGGCAAGUGAGUUUAGAUGUCAGGAUGGGCAGUGUAUCGAUGCACGGCGGCGAUGUGAUCAGAACCGUGAUUGCAACGAUGGAAGUGAUGAAGACAAUUGUCGUCAGGUUGGUUGUCGCUCUAACCAAUUCCAAUGUGGCAGCGGUGAGUGCAUCAAUCGUAGGCGCAUGUGCGAUGGGCGCAGCAACUGUAGAGAUCGGUCAGAUGAAAAUGAUUGUCCAACUACCCCAGCACUAACAUGCCUUGAGAAUCAGUUUCGAUGUGAAAAUGGCCAGUGUAUUGACGCCGGUUUAAGGUGCAAUGGACGAGUUGAUUGUACAGAUAGGUCUGAUGAAACUCGUUGUCGUCAGGUUGGUUGUCGCUCUAACCAAUUCCAAUGUGGCAGCGGUGAGUGCAUCAAUCGUAGGCGCAUGUGCGAUGGGCGCCGCGACUGUAGAGAUCGGUCAGAUGAAAAUGAUUGUCCAACUACCCCAGCACUAACAUGCCUUGAGAAUCAGUUUCGAUGUGAAAAUGGCCAGUGUAUUGACGCCGGUUUAAGGUGCAAUGGACGAGUUGAUUGUACAGAUAGGUCUGAUGAAACUCGUUGUCGUCAGGUUGGUUGUCGCUCUAACCAAUUCCAAUGUGGCAGCGGUGAGUGCAUCAAUCGUAGGCGCAUGUGCGAUGGGCGCCGCGACUGUAGAGAUCGGUCAGAUGAAAAUGAUUGUCCAACUACCCCAGCACUAACAUGCCUUGAGAAUCAGUUUCGAUGUGAAAAUGGCCAGUGUAUUGACGCCGGUUUAAGGUGCAAUGGACGAGUUGAUUGUACAGAUAGGUCUGAUGAAACUCGUUGUCCAACUACCCCAUCACCUACAUGCCUUGCGAGUCAGUUUCGAUGUGAAAAUGGCCAGUGUAUUGACGCCGGUUUAAGGUGCAAUGGACGAGUUGAUUGUACAGAUAGGUCUGAUGAAACUCGUUGUCCAUCUAGAAGGACCUGCAGAGACGGUCAGUUUCUGUGUGGCACUGGUCACUGCCUUGACAAUAGAAGGGUUUGUGACGCAAGGCCAGAUUGCCCUGAUGGUUCAGAUGAACAAAAUUGUACCUGUCGAGAGGACCAGUUUGCCUGUGCAAAUGGCCAGUGUAUUCCUCAGUCAGGAUUCUGUGAUGGACGUCCAGACUGUCGUGACCGUAGUGACGAGGGAGACUGUCCUGUGAAAACGUGUGGCAGUGACCAGUUCACCUGCACCAAUGGGGAGUGUAUCAGUUUGGCCGACAGAUGCAACCGCAGAUACGACUGCAGAGAUGGAACUGAUGAAUUUGAUUGCCCACCCCCUGGUUGCCGUGCUGACCAGUACCGUUGCAGUAACGGCCAGUGUAUCAGUAGUGCAGCUCGCUGUAACAGGCAGUUUGAUUGUGCUGAUCGCAGUGACGAACAGGACUGUCCUCCUGCCGGAUGCACAGAGAACCAGUUCACCUGCAACAACGGCCAGUGCAUCAGCUCUGACGAACGUUGUGAUAGAAAAUAUGACUGUACAGAUGGAAGCGACGAACAAGAGUGCACUCCUGCCGCAUGCACAGAGAACCAGUUCACCUGCAACAACGGCCAGUGCAUCAGCUCUGAGGAACGUUGUGAUAGAAAAUAUGACUGUACAGAUGGAAGCGACGAACAAGAGUGCACCUGUAGAGAUGACCAAUUUACCUGUGCUAGCGGCCAGUGUAUUCCUAAGUCGGGAUUCUGUGAUGGACGUCCAGAUUGUCGUGACCGAAGUGACGAGGGAGACUGUCCACCUGCAACUUGUCGUGAUGACCAAUACCAGUGCAGGAAUGGCCAGUGUAUCAGCAAAGCUGAUCGCUGCAACCCGCCACCUGGCUGCCGAACAGACCAAUUCCGUUGCCGGAAUGGGCAAUGCAUCAGCCAAGCGAGUCGUUGUAAUCGCAGAUACGACUGCUCUGAUGGCACUGACGAAUUUGAUUGUCAGGCAGAGAGAAUUGACAUCUCUGUCGUUCCUGCCACAAUGAGAGUCCGAGCGGGCAGAGAAGCCGUGUUUGAAUGUCAGGUGACAGGAUCUACGUCCGGAGUUGUGCGCUGGAGUCGCUCUGGCAACAGGCCUCUGCCUGCCAGUGCGACCCAGUUGAACGGCCGCUUGUCGUUCCGCGGAGUUACCCAGGAAGAUGCUGGAGACUACGUGUGUACUGCUGCAGCCACUUCCGGCAGCUACACAUCAACAGCCAGACUCCAAGUAGACUUCAUUGGUCCUCCUACUCAGCGUCCGAUUAUCUCUGGUCCCUGCGGUGCUGGCGAGGCCACCUGUUCCAGCGGAGAGUGUAUUCCACGCGACUACCUUUGUGAUGGAGAAAAUGACUGCACUGACAAUUCAGAUGAGAACAACUGCAAUUUUGCUCUGCCUUGUGAGCCCAAUGAGUUCCGCUGCGCCAAUGGCCGCUGUGCUAUGAAGAUCUGGAGGUGCGAUGGUGACAAUGACUGCGGUGAUGACUCUGAUGAGACCAACUGUCCGACCCGGGAGCCAGGAGCGGCAUGUCGUGCGGAUGAGUACAAGUGUUUGACUGGGGACCAGUGCAUCCCCUCCAGCUACCAGUGUGAUGGCGAGAUUGACUGUCAGGAUCGUUCCGAUGAGAUUGGAUGUGCUGCACCUACCAUUGUGAAGCCACCUGUUCCCAAGGUCGAGGUCGAGGUGGGUGGAUCUUUCUCCAUCGUGUGCGAGGCUGUCGGUGUCCCCACUCCACUCAUCGUUUGGCGUCUCAACUGGGGCAACAUCCCUACACACGAGCGUGUGGUUGUGACAUCUGUUGAUGGUCGCGGUAGCCUCACUGUGAACCAAGCUAUCCCAGAAGACUCUGGUGCCUACACCUGCGAGGCUCUCAACAACAAGGGCUCCAUCUUUGCUGUCCCGGAUGCUAUCAUCAUUGUCAGACGGCAAGCUGGCGUGUGUCAGCCACCAGACUAUAACGUUGGUGCUAGACAGCUUGGUGAAUGUGUCAAGUGCUUUUGCUUCGGACAGACCAGGACGUGUUACAGUUCAAAUCUGCAGAAAUCUCAGAUCACCCUUGGCAACCAGAUCAAGAUGGUCCGUCGUGCAGAUCUCCUGCCUGUGGAGGAAGGAUUCAUCCAGUUCCUGCCCACGUCCCGCCAGUUCUCCGUGUCGGACUUCGACCGUGUGUUACAGCAGGGCAGCUACUACUGGAGUCUUCCAUCCCAGUACCUGGGAAACAGGGACCAGGACGUCAUCAUCACGGGUAAUGGAAUUACUUUGUACCACCGGACAGCUGCUACUGCUAAUGCUGGUGACCCCUUCAGAGUCGACAUUCCAUUGGUUGAGUCUGCCUGGGACAAGAGUGAUGGGCCUCGCCGUGGAGACACCCCAAUCUCGGAGUACGCCAACCGCGAAGAUCUCAUGAUGGUUCUGGAGAAUGUUACUCGCAUCCUCAUCCGAGCCACAUACGAUGACCGUCAGUCUGCCAUCAGAAUCAGCAACGUACUGCUGAGCACUGCUGUCUCUCAGGAAACUGGACUUGGCCGAGCUGAGCUUGUGGAAGAUUGUACCUGCCCCACAGGGUACACUGGUCUGUCUUGUCAGGUGUGUGCUGCCGGGUUCUACCGUGUGAGUCGGGGUCGUUACCUGGGUGAGUGUCUGCCCUGCCAGUGCAAUGGCCACUCCAACGACUGUGACCCUAUUACUGGAGAAUGCAGGAGCUGCCAACACAACACGGAGGGACCCCUGUGUAAUCUGUGUAUUGAAGGAUCAGUUGGGGACGCCAGACGAGGAACUCCAAAUGACUGUGAACCCUGCCCAUGUCCUCUUACCAUCCCGUCCAAUCAGUUCAGCCGCACUUGCGUGAGAGACAACGCAGGUAUUCGCUGUACUGCCUGCCCUGAGGGCUACACCGGUCGACAGUGUGAGACCUGUGCCCAAGGUUACCGUGGCAACCCCAGCACCCCUGGAAGCUCCUGCAAACCAGACAACAUUGAGACUGGCUGUGACCCCAGGGGUAGUCUCUCCACCUCCCCCAACAUUGACACCGACCGCUGUAGUUGUAGGCCCAAUGUGAUUGGAAACACCUGCAAUCAGUGUAAGCCGGAGACAUUCUACCUGUCCCAGAACUACCCCUUCGGCUGUAUCGCCUGCUUCUGUAUGGGCGUCACUCAGAUGUGUACCAGCACCUCCUGGAACAGAGCUCAGAUCGGGGUGUCCUUCACUCAGGAUCGUAUGGGUGUCAGCUUGACGGACAUGAUGAGGAAGGAGAAGAUUGAACAGGGUUUCACCGUCAACCGCAACUCUCGUGAGCUGACAUACCGUGGAUUCAACAACCUCAGGGAGAACCUCUACUACUGGAGCCUUCCUCAGCGUUUCCUUGGUGACAAGGUUACAGCCUAUGGAGGAUACCUGCGCUUCACACUGAGAUAUCGCCCUGGUCAGGAUAGCACCCCAAUUUCCAUGGAGGAGCCCAUCGUUGAGCUCUCGGGUAAUGACAUCACUCUGGUAUAUCGGGCUACCCGGGAACAGUUCCAGGCCAACUCCAGACAGUCCUUCCAGGUUCCCAUGUUUGAGCAACAAUGGUAUCGUCUGGAUGGUGACCCCGCCAUGAGAGAGUUCUUGCUGAUGGCCCUUGCCGACCUUGACUACAUCCUCAUCCGAGGAACAUACUCAGAGUCCACCGAUGAAGCUGCAAUAAGCGACAUCUCUCUGGACAUUGCGGAGAACCGUCAGACCAGACAGGACCGCGCCUACGCUGUUGAGCAGUGCAGCUGUCCCCGAGGAUACAAGGGCUUGUCCUGUGAGGACUGUGACACAGGCUACACCAGGUCUGGUGGUGGCCUUUACCUGGGUCUCUGUGUGCCCUGUCAGUGUAACGGACACUCAGGACAGUGCGACCCAGAGUCCGGAGUCUGCAGGAACUGCCAACACAACACUGAAGGAGAGAACUGCCAGAGAUGUGUUGCUGGUUACUAUGGUGAUGCUUCACGUGGAUCUGUCAACGACUGUCAGAAAUGCCCCUGCCCCCUAACAGAGAGGCCCAACCAAUUCAGUCCAACUUGUAUUCUGGAUACCGAUGGUCAGGUGACCUGCAACGCUUGUCCCGCUGGACACACCGGCCGCCGAUGUGAAAUAUGUCUGCCAGGAUACACAGGCAACCCACUACAGCCUGGAGACUACUGUCAACUCAGAGGUGUGGACUGCGAGUGUGACCAGAGAGGAACUAUCCCCAAUACCCAGUGUGACCCCAACACUGACCAGUGUCAGUGCAAGGCUUACGUUCAGGGCCAGAAGUGUAACACCUGUGUUGCUGGAUACUUCUACCUGGAUGAGUCAAGUCCCCAAGGAUGUCUGUCCUGUGUUGCUGGUAUGGGAGUCACCAUGUCUGUCCUGCUUCUUACCAGCUCCAGCUACUACUGUGAUGGGAUCCGACCACAGUUUAACUCAGAUGGUACCCACAACUUCGGUCUGACGAACCGGCGCCUGAGUCGUAUGAUCAAGGAUGGCUUUGAGGUUGAUGCCAGCCAGGAUCAGAUCACCUUCAAGGGUUUCGAUGGAAUCCAGAGAGAACGGGAGAGCUUGUUCUUCCAGCUGCCUCCCCGUUUCCGUGGCAACAAGGUCUCGUCCUACGGUGGUAUGCUCCGAUUCACCCUGGAGUAUACUGUUGCCUAUGACUCUGGACAAACAUACAUGGAUGUUGACAUCGAAAUCAUCAGUGGUGACAAGCGACUGUACAUGAUCUUCAAUCCAUCUGCCAAACCAGUUGAACCACAGACCUAUGAGAUUCUCCUGCGUGAGUCAUCAUUCCGCUCCUUCGAUGGGUCUUCCCCAACACGAGACUCCUUCCUCACCAUUCUGUCCAUGAUUGACGGAAUCCUCAUCCGUGCCACUCACCACACCAUCAUGGGCUCCGCUACACUGCGUGACAUCAGCAUGGACAUCGCUGUGCCCCGUUCGACUGGACAGCGUCUUGCAAACGAGGUGGAGAGUUGUCAGUGUCCCGAGGGAUACACUGGUCUGUCCUGUGAGGAAUGUGCUGCUGGCUACCUGCUUGUAGAGGAACCUGGAACUCCUCGUGGACGCUGUGUACGCUGCAACUGUAACGGACACGCAUCGUCAUGUGACCCCAAUACAGGACGUUGUCUGAACUGCAAUGACAACACGGAGGGAGACAGAUGUGAGAGGUGUGCCUCUGGUUACUAUGGUGAUCCAACAGUUGGCACUCGCAGCGACUGCAGGCCAUGCCCAUGUCCUCUGACCAUCCCAUCCAAUCAAUUCUCUCGCACAUGCUUCUUGGACCCCUCGGACAACCGUGUAACAUGUGACCGCUGUCCACAAGGAUAUACCGGACGUGACUGUGGCACCUGUGGUGAAGGCUUUGUUGGCAACCCAAGGGAACCUGGUGGCUCUUGUGACAGAGAUGUGAACAAUCGCCCUCAGGUUGUGGUGACCCCUAUCCGUCUGAGUGAGCCUCUUGGAUCAACAGCAAGCUUCCAGUGCCAGGUGUCCGGACGUGGGACCCUUCAACGUUGUCUGGAGCCGACUGGACGGACGCCCAAUCCUGGGAAAGUACGCACUAGUGCCAGGUAUCAGAUGACCAUCCCUGACCUCGAAUCGUCUGACGGUGGUCGAUAUGUCUGUACUGCUACCAACAACUACGGAAGUGUCAGAGAGUUUGUGGAGUUGACGAUCAGUGCACCCACCAAUCCUAUCCGAGUCCGCAUUGAGGAGCCGCGUGAAGUGGAGACCAGGAUCGGAGCCAGCGUCAGGUUCAUCUGUGUCGCCAUCUCCUACAAUACUGAGGCCAACUUUGUUCUGUCAUGGACCAAGAAUGGCGCUGGUCUGCCAGAGAAGGCCGUCGACCAGAAUGGCGUCCUGGUCAUCCCCAACAUCCAGCCUGAAGAUGAGGGCACCUACACCUGUACUGGCUCCGAUGCCUAUGGAGUUGACCGUGUCACUGCCGUUGUCAGCAUACCUGGUCGUGAGGAGGCUCCAGUUGCCAGAAUUGAGCCACGCUACCUGCAAGUUAAUGUUGGAGAUUCCAUCGAGUUCCGCUGUAUUGCCGAGUCCAGUCCACCUUCGACAAUCGUGUGGACACGUGGAGAGAGUGGACCUCUGCCUGACUAUGCCACAGUGGACAACGGCGUGUUCCGCAUCUCCUCUGUACAGAAGAGUGAUGAAGCCGAGUACUACUGCAAGGCCAGCAACCCUGCCGGCAUGUCGACUGUCAGAACCAUCUUGUACGUCACAGGAACUGCUCCAGAGCCAGAAGUGACGAUUGUGAUCAGGAGAACGCAAGUGACUGCCAUCUUGGGAACAACUGUCACCUUGGAAUGCUACUCUCAAAAUGGUGGCGAUGUGAUCCUUGUGUGGUCUCGGGAACGCCAGGGUCUCCCAUCAGGUUCCAGCCAGGACAACGGUAUCUUGACUCUGCCCAAUGUCCAGCCAUCGUAUGCUGGGUCAUACUUGUGCACUGGUACUACGUCCACUGGCAAGACCGGCGUCGGACGCACGACCCUCACCAUUGAAGCUGGUGUAGAGAGAGAGGCUCCGACCGUGACUAUUGGUGAGAAGAUGCAGGUGAUUCCGUCUGGAACAACAGGAACCCUCCGCUGUGUUGUCACCGGAGUUCCCAAACCAACCAUCACCUGGAAGAGGGCCCGAGGAGAGCUCUCCAGCAACCAUGUGGUCAGCCAAAAUGGAGAAAUCCUUAGAAUCACCCAGGCAUCAAUGGCCGAUCGUGGAGUUUACAUCUGUCUGGCCGAGAGUGUUGCUGGUAGAGCAAUGGCCUCCGCUAUGAUUGAUGUUGAACGUCGUGAGAUGCCAGUGGUGGAGCUGUACCCUGCAAACGCUGUGACUAUCAGGAGUGGCGCCAGUGCCCUGUUCCAGUGCCGUGUCACCGGGGGAACACCAUCUCCGACGAUCACAUGGACCAGAGUUGGAGACGAGCCUUUCACUUCGACAACAGACGUGAUGGAGGAGAAUGGAGUCAUUAUGUUCAAGGGAGUGACUGGUGACGAGCAGGGAUCCUAUGUGUGCACUGCUACCAAUGCCAUGGGAACAGUCACUGCCACGGCCACCCUCAGGAUUGAAGGCCCACCCAAGGUUUCCGUCUUGCCCAGCCGCAAAGUGGUAUCUCUGGAGGGUGAUCGGGUCACCCUGGAAUGUACUGGUGAAGGCGAGCCAACACCCAAUGUGUUCUGGCGUAGUGAUACACGCAGGAGGAGUGAUGUGCUCCCAGAAGCUUCAUAUGAAGAUGAAGGAUCUGCUAGACUCAUCUUUGAUUCUGUGGCCAAGUCUGAUGAGGGCAGAUAUGUCUGUAUCGCCACCAAUGAUCGAGGCAGGGAUGAGGCAACAGUAGAUCUUGAAGUUAUCACUGGUGGCGGACCCCGACCUGAUGUGAUAGUGGACAUUCAAGGACCUGACCAGAUGUCUCUUGUUGCCGGACAGUCAGUGGAACUCACCUGCUCUGCACAAGGCCUCCAGUCUCCUGUCAUUAGAUGGCGUCCCCCUGGCAACCAGCCUCUCCCACCCAACCACUCCAUCCGUCAGGGUGUGCUGUACAUCCCUCAGAUCACCCCCGAGUACCAUUGUUGGAGAGGUAUGUGCCGGAUCGUGACCCCACAACUGACCAUCACACCUGCCCAGGUGGCCACGAGACCCGGACAGACUGUGCGACUCAACUGCCAGCCUGGUGGUAGCGGACCUUUCCAGAUUGAGUGGACCAAAGUCAAUGGGGUUCUGUCUCCAACUGCCAUCGAGCGUGAUGGAGUCCUGGAAAUCCGCAGCAUAACGGCCGCAGAUGCUGGUCAGUAUAGAUGUAUCGCCACCAACAAUGCCGGCAGCUCGGAGGGGUACGCUGUCAUCGAGAUAUCAGUUCCACCAACAGUUGUGGUGUCUCCCAAGAAUGAACAGAUAACUGCUGGUCGCACCGUGGAGCUUCGAUGUGACGUUACAGGCUCCCCCCCUCCCCAGAUCCGCUGGGAGAAGGACAUGGGAGGACAGCUUCCUGCCCAGCACCAGAUCAGGAAUGGUGUGCUCACCAUCUACAAUGUCGCUGAGGAGGAUUCUGGUCGGUACAUCUGUACUGCCUCCAACGAGGCUGGCAGCAACAGGGACUACACCUACGUCCGCGUCCAGGGUGGUCCUGGCAUCAUCCCCGGUGGUGGCGGAGGAGGACAGAGCAGCGUGCAGACUGUCAAUGUUGGCGACAGAGUCGACUUCGAGUGUCUUGUGUCAGGCACACCCAAGCCCCUGGUGAAAUGGUCCAAGGUGGAGGGCGCCCUCCCAGCCAGUGCUGUUAUUGGUGAGGGCAUCCUUAUUGUCCCUGAAGUCCGCCCUGAGGAUGCCGGCACAUAUGUGUGUACUGCAACCAAUGAAGCUGGCACCGUACAGAGUAAAGUACAGUUGUUUGUCAGAGCUCGCCCAGUGAUAUCUGUCCCACAAGAUAUCAACACAGCAGCCCUGGGAGGUCCUGCCACUCUAUCAUGUGAUGCCCAGGGAUAUCCCAACCCUGCCAUUACCUGGAUGAAGCAGGAAGGAGAUCUGCCAAGAGAACACUCAAUCACAGACGGUGAACUGACAAUCCCCCGAGUUCGAGAAGAAGACGGAGGAACCUACAUGUGCCAGGCCGCAAACCGAUACGGAACUGCUCAAAUACCAGUGGUCCUCAUUGUUGGUGCACUGGUGCCAUACUUCCCCCAGAAUCCCGUCUCCUACAUGAGCUACCAGCCACUCCAGGAUGUGUACCUCAACUUCGACAUCAUCAUGUCCUUCCGUCCGGAGGCCACAGAUGGCAUGCUGUUGUAUAACGGCCAAUAUAACACGGGCAUUGGGGACUUCAUGUGCUUCGAGAACGGAGCCUACCCAGAGUUCCGCUCCGACGUGGGCUCGGGUCCUGCUAUUAUCCGUGGCAACAACCCUGUUCAGAUGAACACUUGGAACACUGUGCAGUUCAAGAGAGAUAGGAAGAAUGGUACUUUGAUUGUAAACGACGAGCCGGCCUACUAUGGCGAAGCUCCAGGGCGGUUUGAGGGCCUGGAUCUCCUGGAGAACAUGUACAUUGGUGGCGUACCAAACUUCCAGAGCAUCCCAAGGGCAGCUGGAUUCUCCAAGGGAUUUGUGGGUACUGUGAGCGAGGUUAAACUGGAGGGUGUUCCCCUGAACCUUGGUGGUGAUGUGAUCGACAUGUAUGGAAUUCAGCAAUACGAGGCUUGCCAAACUAUGUCAUGCUUCAACGGAGGCUCCUGCCAACCGGCCAACAACCCAUAUGGCUACAGGUGCUUGUGUCCAAAAGGAUGGGCUGGUGAAAGGUGCCAGUUACUUGGAGAACGCUGCUACCCAGGCCGCUGUGGAUCUGAGGGUCGCUGCUAUGACCUGCCUGGCCCAUCUGGCUUCAACUGCAUCUGCCCAAUCGGACGUGUAGGAACAUCUUGCGAGCGAUAUGUGGACAUCAUCGACCCAUCCUUCAACAAGACGUCCUUCAUCUCCUACCCAACCAUCCAGGACGGUCUGCUGCAGGUGCAGCUCAGCCUCAUGUUUAAGCCUCGCUCCCUGGAUGACGGCCUCAUCCUCUACAACGCACAACAGCAGGAUGGACGUGGCGACUUCAUGGCCAUAAUGAUCAAGGAUGGCUACCUCGAAUUCCGCUUUGACACUGGAUCAGGUCCAGCUGUGUUGAGGAGUCGCAACCCUCUCCGCCUUGAUGACUGGACGAUGGUUGUUGCUGAGAGGAAGGGCAACGAGGGCAUGCUGAUCGUGAACAAUGAAGACCCUGUGAACGAACGCCUUAGGAAUAGCUACGACUAUUACGCCUACUAUUCUAGACGGGAUCGUGGUGAUAUUUAUAACAGAGGAACCGCAACUGGCCGUACAGUUGGCCUGAACCUGAAGCGCCCUCUGUAUCUGGGUGGAGUUGAUCCACAGGAAGUACUACCUGCCUCCGCUUUUGUUGGAGAAGUUCCCGGAUUUGUUGGCUGUAUUGGCGAGCUGAGGAUCAACACCAACAACAUUGACCUGUUGAAGGAUGCUAUUGAGAGCGCCAACGUGUAUGACUGUGGGGACCGGGGCAUCUGUGACAGAAAGCCAUGUCAGAAUGGCGGCGACUGCAGUGAGAUCUCACUCACCGACUAUCGCUGUAUUUGCCCACCCGAUUACACAGGCAAGAGCUGUGAGACUGAAAUCAACAUCUGCAUUACGUCUUCACCGUGUCAGAACGGUGGCCGCUGCAGCGUGUACAACGGUGGAUACAGGUGUGACUGUCCCCUCGGAUACUUUGGCACCAGCUGUAAUACAGAAAUCGAGGUGCGCUCCUCCUUCGAGGUGACUGGUGAUGGGUAUGUGGAGUUCCCUAAGAACCUGCUGCUCCACAAGGGCCGCCAGACCGGGGAGUCCUUCGAGAUGACCGUCAAGACGGUGGAGUCCAAUGGUCUACUGUUUUGGCAAGGCCAGGAGCCAACCACAUCACUCCGCGGAGGAGACUAUGUGGCCCUUGUGCUUCAAGACGGCUUUGUAGAAUUUAGGUAUGAGUUAGGUAGCGGAGAAGCUGUUAUUAGAUCUACUUCACAAAUUGAUGAUGGAUUUUCACACAAAAUCAUAGCUCAGAGACUUGGCCGAACAGGAAAUCUGACAGUUGAUGCUGGCCCAUCAGUGAUUGGUGCAUCUGUCGGACCGCUCCAAGUCCUUAACGUCAAGGGCAAUAUUUACUUGGGUGGUUUGCCCGAGCUGGAAGGCAUGACAGACGGGGCAGUGGAACACAAUUUUAACGGCUGCAUUCUGGAUCUUAGGAUACAAAACAAAGGCCCCUUAGAUGUGAAGUCUAAUGCUGUGGGUGGUUACAAUGUUAGGCCAUGUCUAGAUGGUAAGAAAUGAUGAGGGGGACUAAGUCUAUAAGGGACAUAAUUUUAGGUAUUUUCAAAUUGUAGAACAGGAGAGAGAACAUGCUCUGUUGCUCAGUCGAAUGUUAUUCUGUUGAAGAACGCGAGACGAAAUGUUUUAUCAUAAUAUUGGUGGCAUUUUAUGACAUUUGUGUUAAUAUGGACCUCAGUUUUAUACUUUUUGUAUUUUCGUUUAUAAAUCCAAUCAGCAUUUUAUAGUUUUAACUUGGUUAGUGUUCUUUUGAUUAUGGAAUUUAAAUAUUUUUAAAUAAGGUAACUUUUAUUGAAUCUUAACGAUUAAGAAGUAAUGCUUGUUAUUGACAAGACUAUAAGAUUUUAAGAAGAAUUUGUAACAAUUUAACAGAUUAUGCUAUGGAAACAUUCAAAACAUAUAUUGUUAGAUUCUGAUAUAGCUAUUUAUGACCCUUCAGUAUAUUGAAACAAUGUUUAUAGAUAUGCAUAGAAACUGACUGUACAUAUUUCAGCGGUGUAGAUUUAAGCACUGAAAUGUAUAAACUCAUACAAACGUACCUGUCAUCUGUUCAAAUUAUAUUGUCACAAGUUGGCAAAAUGUAAUCAAAUGUGGUUGGCUUUAAAAGCAAAAUAUUGUUAAGGCACACCUACUGGAAUGUCAUAAGCAAAAUAUCUACUCGUCAAGUAGACAAUAAAUGAUUAUUGUAGUGCAUUGUUGAGUGAAGGAGCUAUUGUUUGAACAUAUGUGGUUUUAACAUUGUUAUUUUGCUUCUAAAGUUACCCGAUGACAAGGCUUGUAUAGGAGUUAGUAUAGCAACCACUUGUAAUGAAAUCCUCAGCAAGUCUAGAUAUUUUAAUCAUGUAAUAAUACUCUUUUCUCAUGGUGCUAAAUGACUGCUGGAAUGCCCUGGUGGUCCUCAGAUUUCAACUCUUUGUAUAUUUAUAGCAUAAUUCCCGAUUUGACUUCACCAUGUUUUGGUAAUAAACGCCGGAUCAUCACUAGUAUCAUUCAGUCUAAAUUGGAAGUGCAGAACGUUGGAAAUAUCAACUAGAUUCUUCUCCUGAUAUUGUUUGUGAUAGUACACAAUAUCUCUGUGAUGAGGAAUAUGUGAUAACACACGAUAUAUACCUGAUAAGGAAAUAUGUGAUAACACACUAUAUAUCCCUGCUAGGGAAUACGCAAAACUAAGGCGUUUAUUAUUAAAGCUAUGGUUGUCUGGAUUGUAGAGUCUUAUCCUCUUGAUGGCAUCAUCUGUAGUUGUCUUUGUUAUGUUAGGGAUAUACAAUGCCAAAUCCUGGGGUAGGCCCCUGUCUGCUUUUUAAGUGUUUUUGUGAGAAAAGCACUUGUCCUUAUGGUUAUGUUGAAGCAUAAUGUUGGAAACACAGAGGAAAGUCAACACUGUGAUCUGAUUCGAAUAAACUUUUAUAACAAAA